UCCAGGCUCAGUUUAGGCCCGGUUUUGCCCCCAGGCUGCUGGAGGCCGACUCCAAGUCGCUGCGCUCGGUGAACGGCUCGCGCCGCAGCAGCGGCUCCUCGCUGGUCUCCAGCUCCUCGGCCUCGUCCAACCUGGGCCACCUGGAGGAGGACACCUGGAUCCUCUGGGGCCGCAUCGUCAACGAGUGGGACGACUGGAGGAGGAAGAAGGAGAAGCUGCUCAAGGAGCUGAUCCGGAAGGGCAUCCCGCAGCACUUCCGCGCCAUCGUGUGGCAGCUGCUGUGCAGCGCGGCCGAGCUGCCGCUCAAGGCUCAGUACUCGGAGCUGCUGCGCAUGAGCUCCCCCUGCGAGCGCCUGAUCCGCAGGGACAUCGCCCGCACCUACCCCGAGCACGACUUCUUCAAGGGCCAGGACAGCCUGGGCCAGGAGGUGCUCUUCAACGUCAUGAAGGUGACAGGGACACCUGGGGACACGGGGACACAAAUCCGGGGUGGGACAGGGACAGGGCCAGGAGGUGCUCUUCAACGUCAUGAAGGUGACAGGGACAUCUGGGGACACGGGGACACAAAUCUGGGGUGGGACAGGGACAGGGCCAGGAGGUGCUCUUCAACGUCAAUGCCCGAGGAGGAGGCGUUCAGCGUCUUCGUGCGCCUGAUGCAGGAGUACCGGCUGCGGGAGCUCUUCAAGCCCAGCAUGUAUUUCCAGAAGGUGAUCCCGCACCAGUUCGACUCCUGCCCCGACACGCUGAUCCUGCGCGCCUGCCAGGUCAAGUACAACCCCAAAAAGAUGAAAAGGCUGGAGAAGGAAUACGCCGCCCUCAAGAGCAAAGAGAUGGAGGAACAGAUCGAGAUCAAGAUUGUCCCCAACUGUCCCCAAAGUCAUCGUUUGCUGAAGCAGCGAAUCGAGACCCUGGAGAAGGAGAGCGCGGCCCUGGCCGAUCGCCUCAUCCAGGGCCAGGUGACGCGGGCGCAGGAGGCCGAGGAGAACGACGUGAUCCGGCGGGAGCUGGCGCUGGUGAGACAGCGCUGGAGCGCGGCCACCGAGAGCCUGAGGGUGGCACAGAGCACCAUCCGAGAGCUGCAGGGUAACCCCCGCCUCACCGAGGAGUUCGUGGCGCACCUGGAGACGGAGCUGGAGCGCUCGCGGCUGCGCGAGAGCGAAACGCUGGGAGCGCUGAAAGAGAUGAGGGACAAGGUCCUGCACAUGGAGCAGCGCCAGCCGUUGCUCCCCGAUGACUCCAGCGUGGUUCGGCUGCAGGAGGAGCUGCAGGAGCUGGCGCUGAGCGACCUGGGGGACACCUGGCAGGUGUCCCCCCAGGUGUGUCCCAGGUGUCCCAUACUUACCCCAGGUGUCCCCAGGUGUGCUGUACCUGACCGGGUGUGUCCCAAGUGUCCCAUACCUGACCCGGGUGUCCCCCAGGUAUGUCCCCAGGUGUGCGGGCGCUGGCAGGAGCCGCGGGCGCUGCGCGAGGUGCUGGGGGUGCAACUGCGGGAGAGCCAGAGCAUGGAGCUGAGAGCGCUGAGAGAGAGGGUGCUGCACCUGGAGACACAGGGCCGGAUCCAGCGGUCGGUUCUAGGCCGGGCCGAGCAGACCUGCGCCGGGCUGCGGGAGCAGCUCCGCGCCGCCGCCGCGCAGAGCCAGGGGCUGCAGGCACAGCUCAGCGAGAGCCACCGCAAACACACCGAGGCCCAGUGCAAGAGCAAGGAGGAGGUGAUGGCCGUGCGGCUGCGCGAGGCCGACAGCAUGGCCGCCCUGGCCGAGAUGCGGCAGCGCGUGGCCGAGCUGGAGAUCCAGCGGGAGGAGGGGCGGCUGCAGGGGCAGCUGGAGCACUCGGACGCUGCGCAGUACAUCCGGCACCUGAGGGGACACAUCCGGGAGCUGAAGGCCCAGGUGGGACAUGGGGACACUCGCCAGCCGUUGCUCCCCGAUGACUCCAGCGUGGUUCGGCUGCAGGAGGAGCUGCAGGAGCUGGCGCUGAGCGACCUGGGGGACACCUGGCAGGUGUGUCCCUAG